UGGACGCAGCGAUGGAGGCUUGCCGCAGCAAAACCUUGGACUUGCCGUCUCUCACUGUUGAACCUCCGCCGGAGAAAGAGAAAUCAUCUCCGAAAGUUCAAUCGCCACUUCCAUCGACGACGACCGGUUCGCAAUCGAGAAACGAACUUAUCGUACAGUUCAUCAAUUUCGCCGUUGGAUCAGAUGUACAAGACGCGACCUCGUACCUCGAGCGCAACGAUUGGGAUUUAGAUCGAGCCGUCUUGCAGUUCUGCGACGAGCGCCGUCCAACGCCUUCUCAGAGGAAGCUGAAUCGCAAGCUUGGGCGGUUAGUGGAUCUCUGCAGUGAAGAAGAACAAGUCCCUAAAGCUAUACCUCCAAUGGUGUCAUCUCACAUGAAGGUUCAAGAAAGUACAAGUCUUGUUCAAGAUGGGGAAGAAAAGCUUUCGCUCGUUAAGGAAUCUGCUGAGGGGACGCUGUCAAGUGUGAGUUCGAGUCAGCUGACGAAUACGCCUGAAGAGCAACUGUCUCAGUGGAAAGAGGAAGGUAUCAAAUCAUUCUUCAAAGUGGCUAUUAAAGCGUCUCGAGAAGCUGCGAUCGCUUGCCUCAGUCAUUGCAAGUGGAAUCAAGAGGACGCCAUCAGUUAUUUCUUUGGAGAUUACACAGAAGCUAUUCAAGAUAGUACAAGUCCCGUUAAGGAAUCUGCUGUGGCUGUGCCGUCAAGUAUGAGUUCGAGUCAGCUGAUGAGUUGGCCUGAAGAGCAACUGUCUCGUUUGAAAGAAGAAAUUAUCAAAUCAUUCCGCGAUGUGGUUAUGGUAGCGUCUCGAGAAGACGCAGAAGCUUGCCUCGAUUACGGCGAGUGGAAUCAAAAAGACGCCAUCAGUUAUUUCUUUCGAGAUUACGCAGAAGCUAAUCCUGAAAUUGCGCGGUCUCAGGCAGAUGGUAAGGCUGUUGACGAAGAAGCUGGUGGAGGAUAUUUCUCUAAAGCUAAAGCUAAAGCUCAUGUGAAGGAAAUUUCAAGUCCUAAACAAACUAGGGAAGAUUCACGUACGAGUGAGCAACCUUCUCGAUGGAAAGAUGAACUCAUCAAUUCAUUCGUCGAACUGGCUGAUGGAGUAGUUACACGAGACGUUGCAACCGUUUACCUUACACUGAGCAAUUGGAAUGUAGAGAAAGCCUUCUCCUGUCUAUUGGAAGAGACAUCGCAGGUUCAGGCUUCACAUGGUUCCCCAAACAAAAAUUACUUGGAAGAAGACGAGACUGGGAGCUCUUCUAGUUCCAGUAAUGCUGACUCGACCGAUACAGGAAACGCCACCGUAGCAUCGUCUCUAGCGGAUGAAAAUGUAAAGGAUGAGGAUGUUGAAGAAGAGUUAUCCCCUGCUCCUAUUACUACUACUACUACUAGUACAGUAGAACUAGAAAUCAUUUUGGACGAUGGUGAAUCUGGGGUACAGGUAUGGAUUAUUUUUAGAUCAGACCAAACCGUCAGAGACAUCCGCAACAGGAUUGCCUGGUUUAGACCAGAAGACAAGAGAGACUACUACUUAAAGUCUGAUACCGGAGUAGAGUACAGGGAUUUGGAUACAACAGUACACAGCAUUACCUCUGGUUCUCGUGGCUCUACAAUUCUCCACCAGAUGUACUCCACUUAGCUUUUGGUUUGGUACAGUUUCCAUCGAUUGAUGAAACACGCACAGCUAUAGAGAGAUGUAUAUGACUUCUAAAGGAUUCUUUCCUUGUAUAAAAAGGGAAAAAGUAGAACAGAGCAGUUUCAUACUUGUUCUGAGAUAGGAACUUAAUAAGGAGAGAGGUCUUAGUAUAGCUUUGAUUCUGUACAGUUACUACUUACUACUAUUGAUGAAACAUAGAGAGAAUUGAAACAACCGUUGUGUCUC